AUGAGCUCGUCACGCGAGCCGCACCGCCAAUCGUCCAUCGACCCCUUCUCCCACCCGGACAUCUAUUACGGAAACGAGGCAUCCAUUGCCAAACUCAGCGACCGCAGGCGCACUCUCUCGGCGAGCUUGAACGACUACAAUCGCGAGGAUGUCCAGGAACUCUUUAUUCCGUCGAGGCGCGGUAGCCACGAUGUAUCGUCCGGUCGCCCCCGCAAGUUCUUGAUCGAGGUCGAGGAGACACUGCAGACUUUGCUGCAGCAGGAAGACACCGAUCAGAACAUGCAGAUCACCAUUGAAGAUCUCGGGCCCAAGGUCCUGUCGGUCGGAACCGCCGCCUCGUCUGGGAUCAACCGCUUCGACGUGCGGGGCACGUACAUGUUGUCGAAUCUGCUGCAGGAAUUGACCAUCGCCAAAGACUACGGCCGGAAGCACAUCGUCCUCGACGAGGCCCGGCUGAACGAGAACCCCGUCGCGCGGCUCAACCGACUGAUCAAGAACUCCUUCUGGGUAGCGCUCACUCGGCGCAUCGACGGCUCCAAUAUCGAAGUGGCUGGUCGGGAUCCCAAGGACUGGACCGAUGAUCCCCGGCCCCGGAUCUACAUCCCGCCUGGUGCUCCGAUGCAGUUUGAAUACUACACGCGCAUCGCCAAGGAGCACCCGGAGCUGCGGCUGGAUGUGCAGAUGCUGGAAGCUGUUAUCACUCCUCAGUAUGUGGCACAUCUGAACGAUAAGCCGGGUCUGCUGGCGCUGGCUAUGCAGAAGAAAGACAACGAUGCCACCACGGAAACGGACUUGAUCGGUGUGCCCUUCGUGGUGCCUGGUGGUCGGUUUAACGAAUUGUAUGGUUGGGACAGUUACAUGGAGUCCCUGGGCUUGCUGGUCAGCGACCGCGUCGACCUGGCCAAGGGCAUGGUGAUCAACUUUUGCUUCUGCAUCAAGCACUACGGCAAGAUUCUCAACGCCAACCGCUCCUACUAUCUCACCCGUUCCCAGCCGCCUUUCCUCACCGACAUGGCGUUGCGGGUAUACGAGAGGAUCAAGAACGAGCCCGAUGCGAAGGAGUUCCUCCGCAAUGCAGUUCUCGCCGCUAUCAAAGAAUACCACAGUGUCUGGGUUUCAGAACCUCGCUUGGACCCGGCUUCCGGUCUCUCGCGAUAUCGCCCGGAGGGCUUUGGCGUGCCCCCUGAGACGGAGCCGACUCAUUUCACGCACAUCCUCACACCUUAUGCGGAAAAACACGGCAUGGCAUUCAAGGUAUUUGUCCGAGCAUACAACACCGGUGCAGUGAAGGAGCCGGAGCUGGACGAGUAUUUCCUGCACGACCGAGCCGUGCGCGAGUCUGGCCACGACACCAGUUACCGACUGGAACGUGUGUGCGCAAACCUCGCCACCGUGGACCUCAACUCCCUGCUAUACAAGUACGAAGUCGACAUUGCCCGAAUCAUCCGUAUCCACUUCAAAGACCGCCUCGAGAUCCCCCAGGAAUUCCGCACCGCGACAACACAAAACAUCGAAACCGAGUCCUCAUCCACCUGGGACCGGCGCGCCCGCCGACGCAAGCAAGCCAUGGACAAGCUCCUCUGGUCCGAGGAGAAGGGAAUGUACUUCGACUAUGACACAGUCAAGCGCGAGCGUACAGACUACGAGUCGGCCACGACCUUCUGGGCGAUGUGGGCGGGACUUGCGACCCCAGGCCAAGCAGCAAAGAUGGUCGAGAUGGCCCUCCCCCGAUUCGAGGCGUAUGGCGGACUCGUUUCGGGAACAGAGGAGUCGCGCGGUGCAGUGAGCCUGGAGCGUCCCAAUCGCCAGUGGGAUUAUCCGUACGGCUGGGCGCCGCAGCAGAUGCUGGCGUGGACUGGUUUUCUGCGCUAUGGAUACCAGGAGGAGGCUGAGCGACUGGCCUACAAGUGGUUGUACAUGAUCACGAAGGCGUUUGUGGAUUUCAACGGCGUGGUCGUGGAGAAAUAUGACGUUACGCGCCCGAUUGAUCCGCACCGCGUUAAUGCCGAGUAUGGGAACCAGGGGGUGGAUUUCAAGGGUGCGCCGCGUGAAGGCUUCGGAUGGGUCAACGCCAGCUACGUCUAUGGUCUCGAGAUCCUGAACGCGCACAUGCGGCGCGCGCUGGGAGCGAUCACGCCUUACGAGACAUAUCGCAAGGCAGUCACCGCGCAAGACGAAGCAUAUGCCGUGCAAGAUGAAGCGUAUUGA